AUGGGAAAUCUGCAUGGCCCCUUGACAUAGAGAAGCGCAGACCCUCAAAGCGAGAGGUACAGUGUGCGGAGAGUCCAUGGUGGACUCUGGGACUCUCUGGCUAACAAGUAUUAUUUUCCAAAAGGAAUGUGGACCUUCGAUGUGAAGAAACCUCUAAAAAUGAAAGAGAGGACUGCUGCCAGGAAGAUAAAAACAGAAGAAGGAUUCACAGAGAACAUUGGACUUCCCCUGAAUCUGCUAGAAAAACAUGAGCCCUGGCCGGCCUAUGUCACGUAUACCUCCCCGAUAGUGCAAAGGCUCACUGAGAAAAGCAAAACGAGAGAACUGGAAUGCACGCGAACUCUCGAGGAAAGCCACCGGAGGCAGAACAAGCCUUCCAGCGUCAUUCAGCUGAAAAGGAGAAAGUCGUCCAAGUCCUCUGAUGACGUGUACGGGGAAGCAUUGUCAGAGACCAAGCUAUUGUUGUGGGGUCCUUACUCUGUGUCGGCCAUGGAUCCCGCCAUGAUCCCAGAACCCACACACAUACACACAGAUUCCAGAGAAUGUCCCAGUGCAAACUAUAACAAGAUCAUCUUCUCCCACAAGCCUAUGAUGAGGAUGCUUCCAUACAGCUCGCUACUGGCCAGCAAGGAGAAACAUUCACAAGUUUAG